CUGCUUCCUUCGUUUUUUCUUCCAUAAUUGAUAUGAGUGGUAAGCAUGCUAAUAUCCAUCGGCAUCUCACAGUUCAGUCAUCUCCUUCAGGUUAUCAGGAAUCAGUCGAUCGAUCAACAGCUUAUCUUCAACCAUUCAUUCAUGCAGCUAUUCGCAAAUACUCACGUCGAAGGUCGAUCACAGUACUAAUGAUCGACGUUGGGCAAGUGGUAACGCUGAAUAUGAGAAAUGGGAAAUGCAUUCAGGGACGGAUCAAGUCCGUUGAUGUGAAUAAACGAAUUGUACUUGUAGAACGACCCUUUUUAAAUGGUAAACCAAUGGGUGGACAUGAAAGAAAGUUCCCGAUUAGUUCGAUCCUUUCCUUUCGAAUUUUGGAUGUUGAAACUGAAACAAGGGACGGAAAGGUCAUUACUGAAGGAACCACUGCAGAAUCAACGGAUAUUCUUGAUAAUGCUGCAACUGUUAAAAGAAUUGAAAUACGACCAGCUGAACGUUUAGUGAAUAUUCAAAAACCUCUAACUACAUCGCAUGUUGCCGGCGACUGCUCAUCGAUAACAACAGAACAUUCAGAUGCAGUAUAUCGAAUGGAUUUCAAAAAGGAACAAACUGACGCAACUACAAUUGUUCAUAAUAGUGCUGGUAUCACUGGUACCGCCACAGUUCCUGCGUUUACUAACGUACAACUCCAUGCAAACCAGCAACAGCAGUCGCCUUGUUCUUCUCCUUCUGAUUCGUCCUGUUCAUCGUCAAUAGCCAAAUCAUUAGCAAAAUUAAGCCGUCCGCGUGGAACUCACAUAUCAGGUGGGAGUUUUGCUGCAAAUUGUGGUGAACCACAAUCAUAUACAGCUGCCCCAUCACACAGGGGGAGACGAAAUCAUGUGCAUAGUAGGAUAUCCGAAUCAAAUGCUCUUGGCCAGAAUAAUCGCGAUAAAAAAAUAAAUGAGGACCUUAUCAAACCUAUUGAUUUUGAUUUGAAUGAGGACUUCGAUUUUGAAAAAAAUUUGGAGAUUUUCAGAAAUUAUGAAAAAAAUGCGGAUAUUUCCGAGCAGAAGGAAAUUUCAACUCUGGGGAGUCAGUUUGCACAAAAGAAUUACGAGCAUUUCGAAAAUGUCAUUUCGGAUCCAUCGAGGGUUACGUCAUGGAUAACAAAGACACAUGAUCAAUUUAUCGCAGUACGCUUUGAAAAAACAAUAGAUGGGCAACGGAUUCCAUUUCUAAAACCCUGUGAUAAAGAAAAGUUUUUACAGAGAGCGGAACCUUAUUUGGGAAGUGAUAUAUUCCAUGUAAUGAUCGCUGAUCGUUUAAUGAUGUUUAUUUGGAACAUUAUUGAUAGGUUUGAAAUAAUGGUUAAUCAGUUGGUUGUGUUGGAUUCAGCAGCGGUUAAUACUUUCUUGACAACGAUGUUUUUGCGCCACAUCUCAAACAGAGCAUGUCAAACAGUUGUAUAUUCAUGCUUACUUGGCCAGUACAAUUUACCACACGUACUUCAAGUUCAUAAUGUACAAGAGCUUCCGAAGCACGAUGUUCAGCUUAUCGUCGUUUUGGGCCCGUUGCUUCUGGGAAGUGUCAAGGAGUGGAUACAGAAUUUGUGGCCAUCAGCUCAUUUGAUUUGUAUAGAAAAAUCGCCAGAGCUCAUCAAAAAUGAGCAUACUUUGAUGGUUGGUGUUGGAACUGAUAAUGAUAUUUCCCUAAAACAAAAGAACUCAAAUAGUUUGCGUGGUGUCGCAGAUAUUGGAAUACCAUUUGCAUGGAUGGAUGCUGAUUCUGCUGCAUGUCUUUCACAUGCGUUUGCCACACAAAAUAUUGUUUUAUGUUAAAGGCAUUAUUGAUCUGCUGGGUUGCAUCAAAAAUUUUGCUUUAUUUUUCUACUAAGAUUUUGUAGAUUGUAACCGCAUUGAAUUAUCGUGAUUUUGUGCAUUGUAAUGGUUUAAAUUAGUUUCCAUCUCUAAAUUUAUGGUUAUUUUGUAUUUCCGAUUGUAUCCCAAUAAAAUAGUGACAUAAAUUAGCCUUUAUUUUACUGUCAUAUCACCUCUUAAUGUCUUUUUUUGCAGUUAUCUUGAAUGUAGAUUCAUAUUUACCCCAUUAGACAUAUUGCCAAACACGAAGUCGUUCUUGUCAAUAUCUUAGAAUGAUAUCAGAUGCCCAGAUUGGUGAUUCUAUAGUUUAUCACAGAUUAUUAGCGGUGAUUGUGUAUCUCAACUGAGCUGUUUGCUUAUAUCCCUUAGUGUUUUAUUAACUGAGUAACUGUAUUGCUGACGUUUUGUUGUCUUCAUUGUGUUAUUGACGUUAGCAAAUUUCAUUUAAUAUUUUUUUGCAGAGUGCUGUAUCGCUUGAAAAAUUUCAAUUUCUAGAUAAAACUGAACACUCUUUCAGUAAAACGUC